GGCAGGACGGUUAUACCUUCUGUCUGCUACACUCUGCCUCACAUUGUGGAUUUGCUACUCGACAGGAAGGCACCUCAGGAGAAGUUAGGAGAAGCAUUUACAAACACACAAACUCACACGCACACACCAUGUCGGAUCAGUCGGAGUUCGACACAGACGUGUGGACGCUGACCCGCUUCAUCAUGGAGACCGGGCGUCAGGCCAAGGGGUCGACCGGCGAACUCACCCAGCUCAUCAACUCCAUGCUGACGGCCAUUAAGGCCAUUUCCUCGGCCGUGCGCAAGGCAGGACUGGUGCACCUGCAGGGUCUGGCGGGUUCGGUGAACGUGACGGGGGAUGAUGUGAAGAAGCUGGACGUGCUGUCCAACACGCUGGUCAUCAACCUGCUGCGGGCGUCCUACAGCACCUGCUGCCUGGUGUCGGAGGAGAACGAGACGCUCAUCGUAACGCCCAAGGAGAAAAGGGGUAAGUAUGUGGUGUGUUUUGACCCCCUGGACGGAUCCAGCAACAUCGACUGCUUGGCCUCUAUUGGUACCAUUUUUGCCAUCUACAAAAGAACAUCGGAGGGGGAGCCCACGGUUCAGGACGCGCUGCAGCCGGGCAGCAAGAUGGUGUGUGCCGGCUACGCCCUGUACGGCAGCGCCACGCUCGUGGCCCUCAGCACCGGAGCCGGGCUCAACUUCUUCAUGUUGGAUCCCGCCAUUGGGGAAUUCAUUCUCACAGAGAGGAACGUGAAGAUAAAGCCGAAAGGGAAGAUCUACAGUCUGAAUGAGGGAUAUGCAAAGUACUUUCACCCCUCCAUUAAUGAGUACCUAAACCACAAGAAAUACCCGGAGGACGGCAGCGCCCCCUAUGGGGCCAGGUAUGUGGGGUCCAUGGUGUCAGACAUCCACCGUACCAUCGCCUACGGGGGCAUCUUCAUGUACCCCGCCAACGAGAAGAGCCCAAAGGGAAAGCUGCGGCUCCUGUACGAGUGCAACCCAAUCGCGUUCCUGAUCGAGCAGGCCGGGGGCCUGGCCACCACCGGGACCCAGAGGAUCCUGGACGUCCAGCCGGAGAGCCUGCACCAACGGGUGCCGUUCGUGGUCGGCUCCCCCGCCGAUGUUGCAGAGUACUUGUCGUUUGUCAAGUAGCACCAGUAAACAUUUGGCCUUGUUUCAUAAACGUCUUACUUUUUGUCGAUAGUCAUAGUUAGUUCCGUAUUUGUCAUGAAUAAACAGAAAUAUGUGAAGGAGACAUUUCAAAUAGAGGCAAAUCACGAUGCAUACUCACUUUUACUUAAAUGUAUACCCUAAUGUGAUGGGAUGUUUUCCCUUGGGAGUCAUUCACACUAAUCAAUCAUGCACCAGGAAACAUGUUCUGCAGGAGAAGUGCGAGAGAAUAAACAAAACAGCAAGAGGAAGUGUUCUCGUUCUCUGGAAUUAACGGUCACCGCAGACAAAUGGUGGACUCAUUUCUUUGCGCCGAGAAAUUGUUUAUGCACGCUUCAGUUAAGAAGUCAUGGUCGACUCAAUUUAUUUGGCCUCUCUUUGGAAUGGUAAUUGUGAGCCGUUUUCAAAUGAAUAAAGACCAUUUCAAUUGUU